UGGACGCCCACCAGAGCUCGCUCCUUCUUCCGGAGCCUCCUCAGGGGUUGGGGAGGUCCCAAUCCCGUUCCCUCCGUCGGCUCCGAGGCCUGGACUUGAAGGAACUGCUGGGGGCCUAGGAGCGGGGAGUCAGACCCCGGGGACUGACGGGCCCCAGAGCUUCCACGGUCGGCCUCUGCCGGCUACGGAGUUCCCCUGCCCGGGCGGGAGCGGGGGCGGCGCGCGCUGGCCCGGAGCCGGCCGAAAGCCCGGGGCGCGACGGCAGCUCCAGGAGGUCCGGCCGUGACCUCACGGGGAGGGGCCAGCGCGGCGGCCGGGCGGGGAGCCGAGCGUGGAGAGCGCUGCGCCGGAGCCGAGGCUCGAGAGCGCACCGGUGGCCCCCAUGGAGCGGUACAAAGCACAGGGCUGCUGCUGUCUGCUGGUGCAGAGAAGGAUCCUGCAGGUCUCUGCCUCCCUGGAGCAGCUGCUGACAGAGUUGGAUGACUUCCUGAAGAUUCUGGACCAGGAAAACUUGAGCAGCACAGCCCUGGUGAGGAAGAGCUGUGUGGCUGACCUCCUGCGCCUGUACACCAAGAGCAGCAGUUCUGAUGAGGAGUACAUUUACAUGAACAAAGUGACCGUCCACAAGCCACAGAAUGCUGACUCGCAAGACCAAGCACCCCUGGAACAGGACCCACUGACCAAUGGGGAGCCCAGCCAGCAUGCGUCGGCCCCGCAGAAGACCCUUCCAGACCUCCCACCGCCCAAGAUCAUUCCAGAAAGGAAACAGCUCACUGUCCCAAAGAUUGAGUCCCCGGAGGGUUACUAUGAAGAGGCGGAGCCAUACGACACAUCCCUCAAUGAGGAUGGCGAGGCUGUGAGCAGCUCCUACGAGUCCUAUGAUGAAGAGGAAAGCAGCAAGGGCAAGGCGGCCCCCUACCAGUGGCCCUCACCUGAGGCCAGCAUCGAGCUCAUGCGCGAUGCCCGCAUCUGUGCCUUCCUGUGGCGGAAGAAGUGGCUGGGCCAGUGGGCCAAGCAGCUGUGCGUCAUCCGGGACACCCGGCUCCUGUGCUACAAGUCCUCCAAGGACCACAGCCCUCAGCUGGAUGUGAACUUGGUGGGCAGCAGCGUGGUGCACAAGGAGAAGCAAGUGCGCAAGAAGGAGCACAAGCUCAAGAUCACACCCAUGAACGCCGAUGUGAUCGUGCUGGGCCUGCAGAGCAAGGACCAGGCCGAGCAGUGGCUCCGGGUCAUCCAGGAGGUGAGUGGCCUGCCUUCCGAGGGCACAACUGAGGGAAACCAGUACACCCCGGAUGUCCUGCGCCUGCCUGGCCACAGACCGGACUUAGCUGAGAAGUACCUGUCAGCUCCCGAGUGCGGGAGCCCCAUGGAUGGCCACCCUGAGAUCACAGAGACCAAAGAUGUCAAGAAGAAAUGUUCUGCUGGCCUCAAAUUGAGCAACCUCAUGAACCUGGGCCGGAAGAAGUCCAGCUCCCUGGAGCCGCCAGAGAGAUCCCUGGAGACAUCCAGUUAUCUGAAUGUGCUGGUCAACAGCCAGUGGAAGUCACGCUGGUGCUCCGUCAGGGGCAAUCACCUGUACUUCUAUCAGGACCGGAACCGGAGCAAGGCAGCCCAGCAGCCCCUCAACCUGGUGGGCUGUGAAGUGGUCCCAGACCCCAGCCCUGACCACCUCUACUCCUUCCGCAUCCUGCACAAUGGCGAGGAGCUGGUCAAGCUUGAGGCCAAGUCUUCCGAGGAGAUGGGCCACUGGCUGGGCCUCCUGCUGUCCGAGUCAGGCUCCAAGACCGACCCGGAAGAGUUCACCUAUGACUAUGUGGAUGCUGACAGGGUUUCCUGUAUUGUGAGCGCAGCCAAGAAUUCCCUCUUACUCAUGCAGAGGAAGUUCUCGGAGCCCAACACGUACAUCGACGGCUUGCCCAGCCGCAAUCGCCAGGAGGACCUGUAUGAUGACGUCGAGGUGUCGGAGCUCACGGCAGUGGUGGAACCUACCGAGGAAGCCACUCCCGCCACAGAUAUCCCAAAUGAGAGUGAGCAUGACCGAGUAUACCUGGACCUCACUCCCAUCAAGUCCUUCCUGCACAACUCCGGCGGGAUACAGGCCCGGGCUGCCUCCCCCACCCCACCCCACCCAGAUGGCCAGGCAGAGGAGCUCCGUGUUGACCCAAGUCCCAGCUGUGCCCUGGAUGAGCCCUGCACAACACUGGCUGAGAACCUGGAAGAGCAGCAGAGGCGAUUGGGGAGUAUGGAGCCAGAGGAUGCUUCCCCAAGAAUCACCACAGUCAAAAUCCAGAGCGAACAGCAGAUCUGCUUCCCCCCAAGCUGUCCCGACCCCGUGGCUGCCACCCCAGCUGGCAGCAGCCCACCUGUCAAGGACAGAUUGCGGGUGAACAGCGCAGAGAUCAAACUUGGCAAGAAUCGCACAGAGGCUGAGGUGAAGCGGUACACGGAGGAGAAGGAGAGGCUGGAGAAACAGAAGGAGGAGAUCCGGGGGCACCUGGCUCAGCUGCGGAAGGAGAAGCGGGAGCUGAAGGAGACGCUGGGCAGGUGCACAGACAAGGGCGUCCUGGCCAGCCUGGAGCAGAAGCUGAGGGAGAUAGACGAGGAGUGCCGGGUCGAGGAGAGCAGGCGUGUGGACCUGGAGCUCAGCAUCAUGGAGGUGAAGGACAACCUGAAGAAGGCCGAGGCGGGGCCCGUGACACUGGGCACCACAGUGGACACCACCCACCUGGAGAGCGUGAGCCCCCGUCCCAAAGCUGCCGCCACUCCCACCCCUGCGCCUGAUUCUACUCCAGUCAACUCUGCAACAGCCCUCAAGAACAGGCCUCUCUCGGUCAUGGUCACAGGCAAAGGCACCGUCCUUCAGAAAGCCAAGGAAUGGGAGAAGAAAGGAGCGAGUUAGGAGACAAGCUUCGUCUAAGGACACUGACAGCAACACGGACCUUGGUGACAAUCCUUCGUGACAGUCUUUGUGUGAAAGCCACUCCAAAAGGGUGAGUGUGUCUAGAAGAAAUAGGAUGUAGACUGUGGAGCAUUUCAGACGAGAGAAGGCAGAAACAAAAACAGCUGGAGAGAAGAAUUCCGCGAGGAAGGGCUGCUGCCUUGGGAACCUCGGUCUACUGGAUGUUGGCAAGCCUUCUAUUUAGGGAUGUUCUGUGUUUCUUUGUCCAAAAUUGUCAACCUUUGCUUUAGUGAGGCUUUUAAGGAGGGAAAAGCUUGGAGAAAGAAGUCAAGCUCACAUGGCUUUGCUGACUGAGAAGGUCAAAACUCCUGUAAUUUCCUAGCCAGUACUUGGUAGCUGUGGGGGUUAAACCAUCCUUGCCUUCAAGCUCUCUCUCGUUUCGUGGGCCCACAUCAGUCUUCAGUGACUUUUUUAAACAGCCGUGGUCCGGCCUGUGGAAAACCGUCUGACAGGGUAAUAUCUGGGACCGAGCUGAGGCACUGACCCGACCACGUUAAGGAUCUGUUUCUAGUCCCAGACUUGAAGCAACGUCCUUUAAAUACAAGUGUAAAUGAUGUUGCAUAACAUAGGAAGUGUAAAAAUCUUGUCAUUUAGAAUAGUGAAAUGUACUUUCUUGCAAUUUAACUGACAUUUUUACAUUACCAUAAGAAAAAAAAUCGCCCCCUGUUUACAGAUUCAGCCCUAUAGCCAGGCCAUUUUUACGGGAACAGUUAUUUAAUGCCAUGCUUAGUUAGUCCCCAGAAAGGGUGAGGGGUGGGCUUACUCUCCUCCUGGAAGCCGCAGGGCUGCCUCGGUCUUUUCCUCAGAUGGGAUUGUUUUUAACACAGGUUGGAACAUUUCAUCUAUUAGCAUCUCUGCCUCGGUUCUGAAUUCCAGUUCUCUAAUAGUGGCUCCUGAGAACAAAGGUCUCCUUUUUUAGAAAAUUCUAAUUCCAGGGCAUUCGUUUCCUUUGUCAUAAACACUUGCUGACCUUUCAUCAAGUGGUGGGUUAGAUUUUUGUUGUUUUGUUUU